GUUUACGUCACACUAGCACAGCUUACAGAGAAGGUGUGUUUGUGUGCGCUACACUACACCCAUCAUAAGGAUUUGUGUUGUAGGAUCUCGUGUUAAUCUGGCUGGGAUCGUAACGUCAUUAACGUACAUGCACUGUGAUGUCUGUGACGGACUGGUACGCGCACAAGUCGCUUGAAAACGGCUUGUUUUGGAUCCAGGAGCGUUUCUACGAAUCGGGGAACAGAGCUAACAUGUGGCUGAUUCGCGGAUCUCACCAGGACGUGCUGAUCGACGCCGGGCUCGGCCUCCGCAGUCUGCCUGAGUACAUCAGCGCUAAAGGCCUGCAGGGAGAAGACGCCAAGCGGAAAAACCCGCUCUUGGCGAUCGGGACGCACGUUCACUUCGACCACUCGGGCGGAUUGCACCAGUUCCAACAGGUGGGCGUGCACGAGGCCGAGGUCGAUGCUCUGGCCAACGGAGACAAUUUCGAGACGGUGACAUGGCUGUCCGACAGGGAGAUCGUGCAGAAUCCGUGCCCGGGAUGGACGGCCAGGCAGUACAGAGUGAAACCAGUGCAGCCCACACACAUACUACAGGAAGGCAAUGUCAUCAACCUCGGAGACCGGCAGCUGACUGUGCUCCACAUGCCAGGUCACUCAAGAGGCAGCAUCUGCCUCCAUGACAAGGACAACAAAAUACUCUUCAGUGGAGACGUGGUCUACGAUGGCUCAAUGAUCGACUGGCUGCCCUACAGUGCUGUCGGUGACUAUGUGCGCAGCUGCCAGAGGCUGGUCGAGAUGGUGGACAAGGAAGAAGUAGAGCAGGUCAUGCCUGGCCACUAUAAUGCUUUCGGGGCCAAGAGGCUUCACCGACUUGCUUCCACCUACAUCUCCGGUGCAGGAACAUGUCACAAGUUGACUUCCUGUGCCAUGAAGUCUGUAGCCAGCCUGGCACUUCGAGCUUCCAACUCCUGCUGUGCCUGUUGCUAGAUAUUAAAUCCAUAUGCAACAAUAUACUACAAAACAUCACCGAGCAAUAAGGAUUGGCUGAGAUGAAGGGUGCAAGCGUGGAGCUUGUCUGGUGGAUACUCAACUGAUUGGGAUUAAAAAUGAAAAGGUAAUUAUAAGACAUAGGUUUAGAGUAGAAUUUCCAGGUAUAAAUAUCGUUUAGUCCAUCAAGUUAUGAUAUAAAGGUCAGACAAUUAAGGCCAAGUCCAGAGUUAAGAUGACCUAGAUCCAAGGCAAAAUUGUACAUUUGUUUAGAAAUGUCCACCUACCUUGUGUUUGAAUGCGACAGCUGGCAAAGAAUUUUAACUGUACCAUUUAUAUUAACUAAGAUCUGAUCUCUACGAUGAAGCAAUCUUCCUUAUUACAGAAUGUAGCAUAGAUUUUCACUUGUUGUUUAUAGUUUUUGAAUUAUUGAGCUGCAUUUCUUUUUCCUAAUCAAUACCUGAGCACUGUUGUGGAGUUCAGUCAGAAUUUUACCUCAGUUUAUAUGCACACUAAUGAGUAAAGCCUUGCAGAUCAACACUACAUUGACACUUUAGUUACAUUCUUGUAACCAAACGGUCCUGCUUAACCCAAACUACAAUUGUUUAGCUCUUAUUACACUCUAACAUUUAAAAAGUAAGAAUAAUACACUGCAGGGUGAGCUGUACGAGGCAAAUAAUCAAUGACAAGGUGGUGUGAGGCAAUGCCAAGGGCUGUUAACCACCCCAGAGCUGAUUAUUUAUAGCAAUAGCAGUAUUUUAUUUAAAAGGCAGUUUUCCAAAGCUAACAAAAAUUUCUCCCUAAUAUUAAUCUUUAUUAUUACUAUUAUUAUUAUUAUUAUUAUUAUUAUUAUUAUUAUUAUUAUUAUUAUUUAUCAGCUACUUACCAGGAAGGGUGAAGGCUAUCACAUACUUCCCUUUGAGACGCGUGUCAGCCAACCGCAUCGGUUUUGAACCGCUGCUUAGUGAUGUGGAAUAAAACACUCAGCGGAAGUCUUGUCUUCUGUUUUCCACAUGCACAAGCUCACAGAAGCCAAUGAUUAGCUAGUGUCGGUGUCACUGACAGAAAAGAGACAGUAAAACACAGACAGCACAGACAAUUUUGCUCUCUUUGACUUAGAGCCAUGAAUGUGGCUUUGGACCUUCAAACUGUUAUCAUCAAUCAUAUUUUUUCUUUUCAGGAUAGAAAAGUUAAAGAAAUCUAAUGCUGUAACCCUGAUGAUUACAAAACACAUCGGUGACUCCUUCAUAAAUGAAGCAAAUUCUCCUCACAGGAAACUUCAUAUCAACAAUUCCAUACAUUUUACAUCAUUCAUAUAUUUUGUGUCUAGUGAAAAUAUAUUCUCCAGACCUCAAUCGAGAGAAGACUUUAGUCUGCUUUCCAAGUGGGACAGUCUGGUUCUCUAGAGAACGCUAAAGCAAACGCUGUGUGAACUUUCUGCUUGCUAAAAUUACCCAGUUAGAUAGCUUUGUCCAAAUGCACUGCAGACAUACAAUAGACAUAUAUACAGUGUUUACGCCACAUCACAUAAGCAAGUGUGUGCUUAUCUUAAUAUGUGAAUAUUUAAUAUAACCACACAAUUGUGUGAUAUUGAUUUUGUACAGUGCUUUGGUUAUUUUGCGAUCGUAUAAAGGAAACAAAAUGAAGCAAACUGCAAUAAUCUGUGGAGUUUGCAGUUUUUCUAAAUUACCACAGAUUUUCCUCUGAGUCAUUUUUUUUUUGUGACACACAUUCAGGAAAAAGACCUCUUUGUCUGCCAUAGAAGGUAAAUACAUAUGUGACUUCACUGGUAGGAGAUUAAAAGAAGUUCAAGAAUUUAACUUUAUAUCACAUAAAUAAACUCGUCUCCAUAGUCCAUAAUGUCAGUUACUUGAAUCCACAUCAGGACAGCUAGGUCACUAGCUAGGACACAGUGAUUCAUUCAUUCCAGUUAAAGGUGCUUUCGGUGAAAAUUUCUUUUCAUUAUACCAGCUUUCAAACUUUAAGUCCAAAGUUACAGUAUAUUCAAGAAUAAUGCAUCAGUUGCCGCAUCCUUAAUGGUGUCACUAAUUUCACUGUUUCGAAUUAGGAAGUGGAAUUUUAUGUAGUGAACGAGUAGCAUGAUGCACGCUGAAAUGUCCCACUGUGAUACUACUACACACAAGUCGUCUCUGAACACCGGACGUAGAAUCAAUUAGUAUACGCUAAAGCGUUGUAGCAGUCUUCGUGCCAUUCGUACUUGAUGAUGUAGCAACAAGCUCACAACACACUGACUUUAUAUAUGCAGAGACAACCACAAAACCUCCAGCCUGGUUAUUGACUCAGUUCACUUAAGUCUUUCUUAAAUCCAACCGAACAUCUGCUUCACGUUGGAAACUUUUUCAAUGUGAGCCUCAUAUUCAUUUUUAAUCCAGUUCAGUCGAGUAUCUCACAACUUCACAGAACAUCCAGGACAUGCAGACUUCACCAGACUACACGCCAUCUCACGUGUUCGGAUAAUCCUGAAAGUGUUACGAUUCUAUCGUAGGAUUUCAAAAUGUACAGAAAAGUUCUUUGGACUUAAGUGUGAAGUGACAAAACAGUACACGUAGAUAUUAACACAUUUAAUUGUAUAUAAAUAUUAACACAUUUAAUGUACCAAACGAAUGUAUUUCUGAGCAAGUGAAUUUAAAGGUUGUCGUGUUGAACGGGUGACAAUCUUCCAUUACUGUUUUCCAUCACCUGGUUAAUGAUGAAGAUAUUUGUAAAUAUUAAACGUUUGCUGAAAUAGAAACAGGGUAUAGCUGCUGAGUAUGAUGUAGAGAAAGAUGUGUAGAUUGGAUGUGUUCAUGUUUCGUGCCAAAUGAACCCUGCAUGCGCCGCUGGUAAAGCACAGAAUUAGUCAAUACAAAAUAAUCUAGAAACUUGGCGAUUAAUCAAAUUAUUAUAAUAUUGUUUGGGAUUCAUUCAUGUUAAGUUAAUGUAAUACUUGUAAUACAUUCUGUAAUACUUUUUUCCUUGUAUUGGUUCAGUUUCCACCAGUGUAUGGCAUGCAUGUGUUUAGACACGUUACUGUAUUUUUCUUCCGCAAGCACAAAUUGUUACUUUUUUCAGUAACAAUUUCUAGAAUUUCUAAUGAUGCUGUAUACAUUUAUUUAUAACUUUAUGUAGUGUACAUUCAUAAGGCAUUGCACAGUGUUUUUGGUGUUUUUGAAAAUGCAUUGUAUUUAUUAUGCAUUAUGAAGUGUGUAGUGCACACGAGAUCUUGUCCUUGGUGGAUCAGUGGGAGGAUUUCACGCCUUUCACUAGUUUCGUUUCCCGGCCAGGUAACCGACCCGGUCACUGAGGGGUUGACUCUUCUCCUCUGUGAAGCUUGGUUUGUAUUGUUUAUUAUUUUUUAUUUCUAACAGAAUGAUGUGUAUGCAGUAUUUGUAUGAGAGUAAGUGAAAAGUUAAAAUAGGCGAAAUUAAUAUACUUUUAAUUUUGUAAAAACCCAUCUUGCUUAAUGAUCUUUGCUUUGAACCGAAGUACAUUUUCAGAAAUAAUUUUAAAUGCUUAUAAUGCCUUAUGAAUGCAUUAUGAUCACUCUGUCAAACAGUGUUCAUAUAAAGUGUUGGGUGUUUUUUCUUUGUUCAAAUAAGUAAGUGUGCCUGAGUGUUGGUGAAACAGGUUUCCACAUUUACCAUGCAAAUACCUUGCUGACCUCUCUUUGCAAACAGAUGUUGAUCAUGCAUUCCUGUUCAGCUCGAUGUCUUGCCCAUGGUUUCAAGUAUAAUGCUUUUUUUUCUGCCUCUGAUUUAAAACUCUGCAGAUCUUUUGUAUGGUCAUGGAAAGGUACAGUAUAAUGACAUGCCAUACAGAGACUGAAAGUCGUGUGUUUUUGUUGCCUUCUUCUUGUUGUAUUAUACCUCACAGUAACAUAUUACAAGGCAUAACUCUCAGAAUAUGUGGCAUUAACCCUGACUGAUACGCGUAUGAUAUGUGAAGUGUUUGUAUACGGUGUUGAUGUUAAUGCUACUGGAAACCUGUAUAUUUGGACUAUGUUGCUGCUCAGGAAUCCUGUAUAAAAUCAUGCGUUUCGAGCAGAGCCAUACUGUACCAACGCUAUAUUUAGUGCCUCUAAAAGUGUUAACACAAUGAUACCUCACACUGCUGUAGCUACAGCUGGUGAAAUAUACAGGCACCUGGUUAUCAGUGUACAAUAUACUGGCUUUCUAUUCUCAA